AUGAGUCGAGCAAUCUUUGACAUCCACCCUCUGGACCGCUUCGGCGGUUUGGGGACUACGAUCCGACGACCACGAGAAAUCGCAUGCUUCUCCUAUGAUCAAAAUCGCCAAUUCCAUUUGGGGGAUUCAUCAAUCUCGUACUAUUACCCCCCAGAUCUGCCUGCGGAUUUGAAUAUCGGCUUCAAUACGUUCCAGAAGCUGAAUGACUCUCCCGAUGAGCAUCUCGAUGCGCUGCUAGACACUGUUACUGCCCUCGAGAAGGAGACAGCAAAAAAGUGUGAAGCUGACAUUAUCACUUGGCGAGGCAUGAUGACCAAGAUUCUGACUGCUCCAUUUGAUAUGAUGAAUGGGUUCGAAAUGAAUGCAACAUGCUACCAGGGCACGAUAUUUAUCGAAGAGAACAACGAAUACAAGAAUCGACAAAAAGAGGUCCAACGUAACCAGAGAAUGCCACCCGGCAUGGCAUCACAGGAGCAAAUGAUGUAUUGGGGUUAUAAAUUUGAGGUCCUGUCCGUUCUACGACAGCCAUGGGACACAACAACACGCGCAGAGAUUGAAAGCCGCCAGAAUGAUAUCGUCAACAAUAGCGCCCAAUAUUGUUCCGUAGUCAAGACUGGAAUUGGCAAUACGCGCAUGGUCCUCGGUGGAGAAGUAGACGCCGUGUGGGAUUGCAAACCAGACCGAAAGGAAGACACGAUCCAUUGGAUCGAGUUGAAGACAUCGGCUGAGAUCCGCAAUGACCGUGAUAUGCUGAAAUAUGAGAGGAAGUUGCUCAAGUUCUGGGCACAGUCCUUCUUGCUCGGCGUGCCGAAGAUUAUCGUUGGCUUCCGUGAUCAACAGGGUAUUGUCCAUCGCCUCGAAGAGCUUGACACUGCUAGUAUUCCUGGCAAAGUCAAAAAGGUCGGCAGGGGCUCGUGGGACGGAAAUAUCUGCAUCAAUUUUGCUGCAGCAUUCUUUGAAUGGCUGAAGCAGACCAUCCAAGAAGAUGGGACGUGGAGGAUACGGAAACAGGAAAAGUCACCAGUCAUUGAGGUGUUCAAAGUUGAAGACUCGGGUCAUGGUGAUAUCCUUUCCUCUGCCUUUACAACCUGGCGAUCGUCAAUGGCCUAA